CAGAGUGGCCAGAGUUGGUUAAAUCCACUUGUAAACACAUAAAAAUUAAAAGUAAAACAUGGAGCCACUGCAGAGUGCACAGAACUCGAGCGAUGAAAGCUCUCGUUUUCAAUCACCGGAGGCGGAUGAAAAUGAAACUGAUUACGGCCUAGAAUUCUCCUCAAGCCGCCUGUUGUCACAGAACGCCAGCAACCGACGCUCCUCCACGCUGCGAUCAACGACUAGACGCUCAACUAGGAACGAGGAAAACCAGGACGACCAGGAGAAUCGCCCACGCACAGCCAGGCCGCAACAGACUCGCCAGAACUCAGGGGGAAGCUCAGCAGGAGCACCAGUUUCUGAAUCAAGACGAAGAAAGCAGCGCAGACCCGUAAGCAGGGCCAACCGGAUGAAUCGGGAGAUCCGACGCCUGCGGGCAUGUACUACACCAUUGAUACCUCGGCGUUCGUUUGGUCGCUUGGUACUAGAACUGAUCAUGAAGUAUAGCUCUCCGACGUUAAGGAUCACCGAGAGUGCGUUGGGGGUGCUGCAAGAGUCGUCGGAGCUUUAUGUAACAAAUCGUUUCGAGGACGCCUACUUGCUCACCCGUCAUCGCGGCCGAGUGACGUUAGAACUGCGCGACAUGGUGCUGGUGGCCUACAUAAUCGACAAUUCACAUCACCGAUCCUAGAUUUUGUAUAAGUAGUAGCUACAUGGAGUACCUCUAGGGUGUAGGGGAU